GUCGGCUCUCGCUUUUUGGCCGUCCGCGUCGGCUCGCGCGUGCUCUGCGUUAUAAGGGACUCCAACGGUCCCCUCGGUCAGGCGCUCGACGUCAGAGCUAUUGGUUUGAGCGGCGAGCGCCUGUGACUCGGGGUUUCAUUUAUUUUCAUCAAUCGGGCUGGACGCGCGCGCGGCGCCGCGCGGCCUCGUCGACCCCACUAAACGCGCGCCGCCGACGCGUCCCGGCGUCGCAGCGCCAUGGUCGUCAAAAAAGUCGCCGCCGCGCCGGCCGCCGAGACGAAGGUCGCGCCCGGCUUCGAGGGCGGCGAGCCGCUGACGCUGAGCAACUCGCGGGGCCUCAAAAGUGCCCUCAAAUUCUUCGUCAAGAUCGGUUUAUUCUUAGAGUUCAGGCGCAUCCCGGGCAAGCUCGGCGACGGCGACGGCGCCGACGCGAAACGCGCCGUUAUUUUAUUCUUGCUCUUCUGCCUCUUCUUCCUCGAGGCGCUGACGCUCGCCGUCGCAUCAAAAGCCUGGAGCGGCCUCACGGGUGCCAUCGGCCAGCAGGCGGCUUUGAUUUUACUCGGCGCGGCUCUUUUGGGGGCCACGACGCUGCUCGAGCCGCCGGAGGUGCCGGUACGGGGCAUCGGCGAGUGGAGCGACUGACCUCGCGCGCACGGAAAUCACAGUGUACAUAGAACGAAGAUACCACGCGGCACCCGGCGUCCGUCACAAGACUUCCUGGCCACGCGGUCGAUGACGAAAAAUGUUUUGAGCUUGAACACUGAUAAUGGAAAGCUCUAGGCACGUGAUUGAAA